AGAAAUUUUCCAGAUGACUUCCAGUAACGACCAGAGUUGGAUUUCAGUGUUACAAAGUAAAUCCAAUGACCUGCCUCAGAUGACAUCUGGUGACCUGCAGACAUUUUCUGAAGGGCCUGUGUUGAGUUUUCAUAACAUCUGCUAUGGAGUAAAAGAGAAGAGUCACUUUCUCCUCUUUUGGAAAACAAAUGAGAAAAAAGUACUAUCAAAUAUCAAUGGGAUCAUGAAACCUGGCCUCAAUGCCAUCAUGGGACCCUCAGGGGCAGGCAAAUCCUCGUUGUUGGAUGUCUUAGCUGCAAGGAAGGAUCCACGUGGAUUAUCUGGAAAAGUCUUGAUAAAUGGAGCACCUCUACCAACCAGUUUCCCACGUAAUUCAGGUUAUGUGGCAAAAGGCGAUGCUGUGAUGGUCACUUUGACGGUGAGAGAAAACUUAGAGUUCUCAGCAGCUCUUCGACUUCCAACUGUGACAGAUCAUGAAAGAAAGGAACGGAUUAACAAGGUCAUUCAAGAGUUAGGUCUGAGUACAGUGGCUGAUUCCAAGGUUAGCUCUAGUGGAGAAAGAAAAAGGACCAGUAUAGCAAUGGAGCUAAUCAUGGAUCCUUCCAUCCUGUUCCUGGAUGAGCCCACAACUGGUUUAGAUUCGAGCACAGCAAGUGCUAUCGUUUUGUUCUUGAAAAGGAUGUCUCAGCAGGGACGAACAAUCAUCUUCACCAUUCAUCAGCCUCGGUAUUUCAUCUUCAAGCUGUUCGACAGCCUCACCUUAUUGGCCUCAGGAAAACUAAUGUUCCACGGUCCUGCACAGGAGGCCUUGGGGUACUUUGAAUCAGCAGGUUACCAGUAUGAGCCCUACAACAACCCUGCAUACUUCUUUCUGGACAACAUUAAGAGAGACUCCUCUACUGUAGUAUUAAAUAGAAAGGAAGACGACUGUGAAGCCAACAGGGCUGAACAGUUUUCCAAGACAGAAGAGUCGGUCAGAGGCACCUUAGCUGAGUUUUAUGCCAACUCCUCCUUCUACAGAGACACAGAAGCUAGAUUACAGGAGCUCUCAGAUGGUCAGAAGAGGAGCUCCGCCUUUGAGGAGGUCGCUGAUGUCACCUCCUUCUGCCAUCAAUUCAGAUGGAAUCUCUGGCGUGCAUUCAAAAACUCUCUCGGUUUUCCCUUCAUCACUCUUCUUCAGCUGUUUGCCACAGUCAUUCUGGGACUGAUUGUAGGUGCCACCUUUCUUGUGCUAAAAAAUGAUUGUACUGAAAUCCAGAAUAGAGCCUGGGCACUGUAUGUGCUGAUUGCCUUCCAGUGUUUCAGCAGUGUGACAGCUGGGGAGAUCUUUGAGCUCCAGAAGAAACUGUUUAAACACGAGUACGUCAGUGGAUACUACAGAGUGUUGCCUUAUUUCUUUGGAGAACUCUUAUCUGAAUUACUACCCAGGAGGUUUUUGCCAAGUGUCCUAUUUAAUUUUAUACUAUACUUCAUGUUAAGGUUGAAACUAGAUGUGGAGGCUUUCUUCAUGCUGAUGUCUAUUGUCUUACUGGUGGCUUAUGCCACCAGUUCCAUGGCCCUGGUGCUGGGAGCAGGGGAGAAGGCAAUGGACAUGAAGACAUUUCUUGUGAACCUCUAUUUUGUGUUUAUGAUGGUUUUCUUGGGUAUGUCACUGAAUUUUGGAACCACAAUACCGUGGCUCUCAUGGUUUGAGUACUUCAGUAUUCCUCAUUAUGGCUACAUGGCUUUGCAGCAUAAUGAAUUUUUGGGACGAAACUUCUGUCCAGGACUCAGUACAACAGAAAGCAGUGGCUGCACCAGCUAUGUGAUAUGUACCGGUGAAGAAUUCUUGACCAUCCAGGGCAUUGAUCUCUCGCCUUGGGGCUUGUGGAAGAAUCUCCUGAGUCUGACUUGUAUGAUUCUUGUGUUCCUCACAGUUACCUAUCUAAAACUGGUAUUUCUCAAAAAAUAUUCUUAAAUUCUCCUUUAAUUUACCAUGAAUUACCCUCACAUUCAAAAGGAGCACCUGGAUUUAUUUUAAGUAUCCAAUGAAGACAUCUUGUGGUCUUGGGUUCAGCUGCCAUCACACUGUUGUAUAGUAACAAUUAUUAUCAAUAGAAACAUUCAGAAAAAUCACAACAAACUGUAUUAUACAUGAAAGAACCCAAGCUAAACACUAACAAGAUUAUGCAUUACAUAUUAGUUCAUCUCUACAGACAGUAACCAAGAAGGAAAAAAAAAAAAAUUUUAUUGACCUAAAAUGGAAUUCUAGAAAAUGCUUGUCAAGUGAAUAAUAUCUCUAGUAUCAGUAUUCUCAUCUUCAAAAUGAAUAAGCCAGUUGAUAGUCCUCCAGUUUUAAUUGUCUGUGAAUCUCUGAUCUGCCAUUGUUGAAUAAGUAAUACAUAUAUGAAGCUUUAUGAAAGUACUAAAUCUAAAAUAUGUUAGAAAAAUCAGUAUUAUUUCUAGGAUAAGAAAAGUCAUGAUGACUGAGAAACAUGUCUUUGAUAAGCUUUUUGAGGUUGGUGGAAUUCACUGAUACUUUCCUUGUGGAAUUGUAAGAGCUCAGGAGUCUUGGCUGGGGGCUUAGGGCUACAGGAGCAGUAGAGAGCCAGGGGUCUGGAGACAUGGCUUUUGUGCCAUUUCUGGAACAUUCUGUUCUGAAGUCACUUCACUUCCUGGCAUGAUUCAGUGGUAUAUACUCUGGUUGCACCCUUAUCUCCUGCGGAGCCUUGCUAUGCUACACGGCUGGCCCUGCCUGUCCCACCACGCAGCUCCUGAAGAGCCAUCUCUGUGACGAACUUGCCAGAGCUGGAUUUUACCAUUUCCAAGAUCCUCUCACCUCUGAAAAUGUUGCAUUCGUGGUUUAAUAACUUGUGUAUCUCUGCUUACACAGAGUCCUCCCACCUCUUGUAACACCUCAUUUAUUUCCACAGGCCGCCUUUGCUAGGAAUGGGAAGUAUUUACCAGUGCUAUGAAAGUGUUUUUAUACAGGAAAAUUAUUGAUUUUUGUAUGCUGAUUUUGUAAUCUGCUAUUUUACCAAAUUUGUUUUUAGCUCUAACAAUUUUUUAGUGGAGUUUUGGGAUCUUCUAGGUAUAGGAUCAUACCAUCUAUAAACUGGUAUUUUGACUUCUUCCUGUCCUAUUUUUAUUCCUUUUAUUUCCUUCUCUUGCCAAAUUGCUCUGCCUUGAAUGUCUAGAGCUGUAUUAAAUAGGAAUGGUGAGAGUGAAUAACCUUGUCUUGUCCCAAAUUUAAAAGGAAAUGCUUUCAAUUUUUCCCCAUUUACUAAUGAGGUUGCAUUUGGAAUUUUUUUAAACUUUAUUUUAUUUGUUUAUUUUUUAUGUGAUGUUGAGGAUUGAACCCAGUGCCUCACACAUGCUAGGCAAGCACUUUACCACUGAACCACAACCCCAGGCUAGGGGUUUUUCAUAUAUAGCCUUAUGAUGUUGACAUAGGUUCUUUCUAUCCCUAGUUUUUUCUGUAUUUUUAUCAUGAAUGGGUGCCAAAUUUUGUCAAGGGCCUUCUCUGCAUCUACUGAGAUUACGAAGUGAUUUUGGUCCUUAAUUUUGUUUAUUUUAUGAAUUUUAUUUAUUCAUUUACAUAUAUUAAAUCAUUCUUUUAUCUCUGGAAUAAAACCAACUUGUUCAUGGUAUACAGUCUUACUAGGUUGAACACAAUUUGCUGACAUUUUAUUAAGUAUUUUUGCAUCUAAGUUCAUCAGGGAUAUUGGUCUGUAGUUUUCUUUGCUUGACAUUUCCUUAUCUGGCUUUGGUAUGACUGUGAUAUUACAGAGGAUGAAUUUGGAAAUGUUCUUCCUCUUUCUAAUACAUAGAAUAAUUUGAGGAGUAUUGACUUUAGUUCUUCUUUAAAGGUUUGGUAAAAUUCAGCUGAGAAACCAUGUGGUCCUGGGCUUUCCUUGUUGGAAGAUUUAUUAGUGCUGGUAUCUUAUUACAGGUUACUAGUCUUUUUAGGUUUUCUGUGUCCUCUUGAUUCAAUUUUGGCAGAUUGUAUUUGUCUAGAAAUGUAUACAUUUCCUUUAGCCUUUCCAAUUAGAGUAUAAGUUUUCAAAAUAAUAUGUAAUGAUCUGUUGCAUCUGAGAUGUCUGUGGUGAUUUCUCCUUUUUCAUCUCUAAUUUUAUUAAUUUUGGUUUUCCUUCUUUUCCUUUUGGUUAGUUUGGCUAAGGGUUUAUCAAUCUUGUUUAACUUUUCAAAGAUCCAACUCUUUGUUUCAUUGAUCCUUUUUAUUUUAUUUUUUUCAAAUUUGUAAUACACAUCCAUCAAUUAGUUUUGAUUCUAAUCUUUAAAUAUAUAACCACUCCUCACUCAGAGUUCCCUAUGUUCACACUUCUUCAGUCCAUAGAAACAUUUAUAUCUAUAUUUAGUCACAAAGUAUGCCUACCAAAACAACCAAAAUUAUUGAUACCUACUUUUUCAGUUAAUAAGGAUGUAGAUAUAUUCUUUUAUAUUUGUCCUCCCUUUUAUUGUAAUAAUGCCUUUUUAUAUUUUUUAUUGUAUUAAGAAACACAUAAUAAAAAUUAAU